AAACAAAGCCCGAACUCUGACCCUCCAAAUUACCUACAAAAACUCGAGAUAGCUUCCUGCUUUGUCUCAAACACAAUCGCUUUCAGAACAUUCUUCGCCCCUUCACGAAUUACGGCCUUUUCAUUGUCCCUCUCGCAAUAAGUUAACUUCGUGUUUUGGCCUCUGACACUUCCCACCAUGAACAACUACGAUAUGGAAGAUACACAAAACUCUGCGCCUGGCGCCCUACCAGCUGUGCAAGCUUCUAAACUUGCUCCUCGACGAGGCCCAGAUGCUCAGAGUACCACCAAGAGAUUGCAGACAGAGUUAAUGCAGCUCAUGACCUCCUCCGCUCCUGGCAUCUCUGCUUUCCCAUCCGCUGCCGAUAACCUCCUUGCCUGGGCUGCUACGAUUGAGGGACCGGACGAUACACCAUACCAAGGCCUUACCUUCAAGCUUUCCUUUGCCUUUCCUCUGAACUACCCGUACGCGCCACCAACUGUCCUCUUCAAGACCCCAAUCUACCAUCCCAAUGUCGAUUUCUCCGGCAGAAUCUGUUUGGAUAUCUUGAAGGAUAAGUGGACCGCUGCAUACAACAUCCAAACCGUCUUGCUCAGCUUGCAAAGCUUGCUUGGUGAGCCUAACAACGCUUCUCCUCUUAACGGCGAGGCUGCGGAAUUGUGGGAUAAGGAUCCAGAGGAAUUCAAGCGCAAGGUUUUGGGCCGACACCGAGAUGUGGAUGAUGAAUGAAGGGUGAUUGUGAUGGCGAUGUCAAGUUGCUGAGUUCGUUGGCGUUUAUGAUGAUCAUGGAGAAUGUGCAUACCAAAGGAGUCAUUGUUUGUUUCGAGUUGGAGGGUUUCUUCACGCAGCAUUGUCGUUGGCACAGAGAAAGGAGUACAUGACAUUGGAAAGUGUAUGAUUAGUGAAUAGGAGAGCUUGUCGAACGCUUGGAUUAUGAAUUCAAUUGUCGUUGAGACAUUUCCAACCCUCGUUUUUUGCCUCGUUCAAAUAAGGGGUAUAU